GCAGGAGAUGGUGAGGAGGAUGAGUUACAGUUACCACUUACCACGAUAAGCUUCCAGACAACUGCUCAAAGAUAUUAUUAAUGGGUGUCAGAGCAACUGUCAGAUUUACGGAUUGUUAACUCAACGGACCAACAACGUUCCUGGGUGAGACGCUAGUGAAGUACAGAUAAGGAGGAGGAGGAGUAAAUCUGAACAGACCAUCAGCGUGACAAAAUCUGUCGCUCUUUUGGCAGCUUCCGUGAACGCUGACAACUUAGACAAAAUGCAAACGCUGCAUCCAAUUACGUUAAGCUCGCUUUUAUCCCCUGCUUUAUUUAAAUUUGAUCAAAAGAUGUUGCGAACCCAUGAGUGAGUGAACCCAUCGCUUUGACAAAAUCUGUCGCUAUUUUGGCAGCUUUUAACCUCUUCUCAUCUUCCGUGAACGCUGGACAGCCGAUCCUAUCAAUCCUUCUUUGCACAGCUGUGAAGUAGCGUGCUUUACAAAUAGAACUCAGACAAAAUGCAAACGCUGCAUCCAAUUACAUUAAGCUCGCUUUUAUCCCCUGCUUUAUUUAAAUUUGAUCAAAUGAUGUUGCGAACCCAUCGCUUUCAUUAAACCUUACUAUCAAAAUAUCAUCUAAUUGCGCAUCUGUACCAACUUCCACAUUAUAAUGACAACUGUCCUAACAUAGAUAGUAUGGUUAAGGUCUAGCCAAGUUACAGUACCCAUUAGUGGAGAAUGCCUCCAAGAGCUGCCCUUGGUAAGGAUGACACUCGACUCCUGCAGCUUCUUGCCCAGAAUCCCGAGGGAUGCACUGAUAAUAUGCUUCAGCAAAAGAUGAAAAUGGAGAAAAAGGACCUGGUCACCUCUAUCAACAAGCUUAUAAAAAUGGGAAAACUUGAGCUUAAAACACAGGGUUCUAUUCUGAUAUAUUUGCUGCGAGAUGUUAGCUCAACUCCAUCUACAAAAGGCAUGGGCCAGGAGGAGAAGAUUGUUUACAAGAUAAUAGAAGAAUCAGGCAACAAAGGUAUCUGGGUGAAAGAGAUCCGGACCCGUUCCAACCUCCAGCUGACCCAACUGAACAAAGUGUUGAAAAGUCUCGAGAGCAAGAAAAGUAUAAAAUCAGUGAAACCAGUGACGGACAGCAAGAAGAAGGUGUACAUGUUGUUUGAUAUUAAACCUGAUAGUUCGCUCACUGGUGGUGCUUGGUACAGUGAGAAUGACUUUGAGACUGAGUUUGUGGAUAUCCUGGGACGGCAAACACUUACCUUCCUCCAGAGACAGAGGUCGCAUGCAGAAGUGCAGCACACCGACCCCCUUGCUGCCCAACGAGCCAUGAUGUGCGACAUAAAGCAAGUCAAGAACUUCAUCAGCCAGCUUGGCAUCAGCAAGGUAGAAUUGGAAGACGAAGAAGUGAAGCAGAUCCUAGAGUCCCUUGUGUUUGACGGCUUUGCAGUAAGGCUCCACACUCUAGGGGAGGGAGGCAAGAAAGUAACUUUCUAUCGUGCUAUCAAAAAUCAACCCCUUACUUCAGGAAUAUCUCGAGUGCCAUGUGGAGUAUGCAGUAUCAUAUCUCAGUGUAUCUCCGGUGGGCUGGUGUCUCCUCAGACCUGCACGUACAUGAAGGAGUGGCUGGAGUUCUGAUGUGACCCCGGCCCGUGACAAUAUGUCUGUAUCAGAUAUAGUUAUACCUUCUAUCAGAUCACCAGAUUCAGAUGCAGUUUCUCUCUCCAGCUUUAUUAAGAAUCCGGAGUAAAGUUGCACCAUAACAUGUUCAUUUGAGAUCAGGAAUGAUUAACCUGAGGCUGAGAUUGCGAGGAUCUUUAAACAGUCUGUCAAGAAAUUUUAAACAGUUUGCAGAAAGUUUUAACAUCUUGACCUGUCAUGGUUAUUGAACGAUGAUUAUUGUUUUAAUGAGAAACGGCCCGUGCUCUCCGAGCGAAGGAGGACGAAGAAUUUUUAAA